GGAAAAGAACAAUAAAUAACGUUCCUCAGUUCUUUCUCUACAAGGACUAGUACGCCAUCAGUGGCUGAAUCAAGAAAUGCUGAGACAAGCCCUGCCUUCACGCUAUCUGGAAUGUCAACAAAUAGUCUUUUAGUGUCUCACAUGACUCGGUCACCUUCACAACUCCCAGCGUUUCCAAAGAUUGUUUGCCUCCCCCAUGCGACGUUGCCACAAUCAAUCGAUCAGAUCAACAAUCUUCUGUCUCACAACAUUCAAAUCCUGCCACUUCGCCGCUUGUGAUAAAAAAAUCUUGUGGUCUUGGUGAUGAACGGAAGAUGACUGAGGGUCUGCCUUGGAGUAAUAAUGCUUCAUCAAGUCUGGAGUUUCCUGAAACCUAUUCCCAUGAGGCCAGAUUUAAGCGCUUGUAUGCGUCAAUGAACCAAAACUCAAUUGGUCAGGACCCAUUGGCUAAAGAUUCGCCUGAGAAAAAAGCACGUUUGGCGAGAAUCUCGAAUGUUUCGACUGGAAGAAGCCAGAAUUCGCUUUCAGAUUCAUCUUCUAAGCUUGCAAGUCACCAUCCAGACACUCUUGGAGUGGAUCCUACUAUAGAGCAUAGAGCACUUGCUUGUGGUUCACCCUUUGACGGUUGUAAAAUCGGCACGUCUUUUGAAGAUAUUCUCACUGCUGGUCUGGAGAAUGAAACGGCUUAUUCAGAACACCCGACUGACAGAGGCUGUACAGCAAGUCCUCCAGUCAAGCAGCCUCUAACACGCUAUCAAAAUGUCAAUGCAAGUCAUUCUUCCUCAGAUAGACAGUCCAACAGUUCCACUGCUACAAUUCAUGAAGAGAAUCUACAAUGUUCUAAGAACAAUCCAAAGAAACGAGAUAUUUCUGAAGCUAACUCUUCAGACAUGAUUUCAUAUUCUGUUUGUUCAAAAGACAAAAAUUUAAAGAAAAAAUGUAAUGGAUUCAAUGAACUCAAUAGUGGUAUCUCACGUAAGUGUGGUGGGAAGUUUAUUUCUUCCAUUCAUAGCAUUCCAGACGAUGUUAACUUGAAUCAAGACAUUUGUUGUGAAACGCUUGCAUUGCCGUGCUCGAAAUACCUUGACACUUCGCCCGAGAAAAGAAUUGACUUAGUGACGCCCGUGUGUGGAACUUCAACGCUACAAGUCGUCGGGGGGCAAGGUGCGCGUGACCAACGUGACGGUGGGGGCGGACGGAGCCUUCAGGUGCGAGGUGUCCGGAGAGGCGCCCACGCGCACACAAACUUUGACAAAUAUAUUUAUGACAAAAAAUUUUAGAUUUCCGUUUUAUCUCAAACCGGUAUUUUAAGCCCACGAAUCUUAUCAACUUUGCAUCUGAAUUUGUUGGUUACGACGUUCAUCCUAUACAAAAUAGUGACGUUGUGAACCACUCUUGCACUACUUCCGCGAUGUCCGUUCGAGACGAGUCAAUUGCCAGCGAGAAAAAAUAUCUAGAAAUUUCAACAGAAAAGAGUAACUCGUCUUCUAUCAGUCCACUUUCAGUCACGUUCAAUUCUUCAAAUUCUUUUCUCUCAACGCCUAUAGAAACAGUCCCAUCACAACAGGAUGUAGGAGUUUCAGUUUCUUUUCCUAGGAACCAUGACCCUGAGGCUAUUCCUACCGUAUUACUCAUCACAAGCAAUACCAAGGCUAUCACCACAUCUGAUGUGAUGACGCUGACGGGACCACAAGCUUCAUUUCAACCUCAAUGCUC